GAGGCGAUCCGCGGCAAGAUCGUCGGCAUCUACUUUUCCGCGGCCUGGUGCAAGCCGUGCCACAGGUUCUCACCGGUGCUCUCCAAGCUACGGGCGGCGCACGAGGAGGACUUUGUUGUCGUGUUUGUUAGCAACGACCGCAGCGAGGCGGAGAUGAAGCGCUUCUCGGAUGGCAAGGGCUUCCUGCGGGUCCCCUUCACCAGCCGCCGUCGGCAGUGGCUGCAUCACCGGCUGGCGGUCAACAUGGUUCCGACGCUCGUCAUCGUCGACGGCAGCACCGGCGAGGUACUCACGUCGUGGGGCCGCGCGGCGGUGCUGCGCAACCCUGAGGGCUGCGUCGAGUCGUGGAAG